AUGACUCGAUUUCACACGUGUCUUCAUUCCGAGUGUGUACGUGCCGAGUGUGUACGUGCCGAGUGUGUACGUGCCGAGUGUGUACGUGCUGAGUGUGUACGUGCUGAGUGUGUACGUGCUGAGUGUGUACGUGCUGAGUGUCUACGUGCUGAGUGUGUACGUGCCGAGUGUGAACGUGCCGAGUGUGUACGUGCCGAGUGUGUACGUGCCGAGUGUGUACGUGCUGAGUGUGUACGUGCCGAGUGUGUACGUGCUGAGUGUGUACGUGCUGAGUGUGUACGUGCUGAGUGUGUACGUGCUGAGUGUACGUGCUGA